AUGUUGAAUCUUCUAGCUUUCUUUGUUCUUUUAUUGACCUGGACGGCCGUGAGCAGUGAUGGACGAAGGUUCAAUAUCGGACGAAGAAUCAGUGGAGCAGCACAGCGUGUAGCUGGUAGGUGAAAUUUCACUUUAUUGGAUGAACAAAUUAUUUCUUACACUAGAAAUUAAGGGAUACAGACUUGUGAACCAAAAUAAAACAAAUACAUUGCAGUUGAGCCAUAUCAGCUAAGUUAAGUGACAUUUAAACAGCGAUAAAUUGAUAAACUGUCGCUUUCUUACCUUUCUUGGUCUGUUUUUGUGAAAGGUACUAAUUACUAGAGACGUAAAUGAAUAGAUCUCGUCAAUUGCUAGUAAGCUCAUCACAAAAAUGGGCGCCUGAGGCUUUAAAUGUUCAGAUAUACAACUGGGGUUAAUGGGGUUAAGAAGCUUAUAACUGGCUUAGUAUUGCUUUCGAUCUUCCCAUCUACAUUUUCCAGGGAAUCGUCAAGUGCUAAUUUAAACAAAAAGCUUCUAAGGUAAAAUAGAAGCGUAGUUAGAAGGAAAUCCACUUGUAAUGCAAAAUGACUAUCUGAGUUGGAGGUUAGAAUUUGAAACAUUUGAAAAAGGUCGCAACUUUAAUUGAACAACAAGACUGCCAAGAAAGAAAACUAUAUUUUGUUUCCCCACAAUGCCUAUCUUUUUUUACCAGAAUAAGACAGAGAGCUUUAGAAAAUGGAACAUGGUGCAUGGCUUUUUAAAACAAAAAGCUCAAGUGCGCAAGAUUUAUUAUUGUGUAAACUAAUCUAACUCAGAAUCAAGAACACAAAGCAUACGACUUCCAUGCAGAGAGAUUAUCAGAACAAGCAUGUAUUAAAUAUAUGGCGGGCUUGGAUUUAGCGCAGGAGGCCGAGGGGGUUGAUCCCCCCUUACCACCACCUAACCUUCCUUUUUUAAAAACUGGAAAGUAUAGAAUGAUUGAUCUUACUAUAAUCAUCAUAUAUAACUCCAAUCAUGUGAAUCAAGAAGUGUAAUCAUUUAAUUCACCCAUCUCUACACUAUUAUUUAAACCGGCGCAUUAUGAAAAAAAUAGAAGCCCAUGCGCUAAACGGAGCCCACACACACUAAGAAGACCGCUUCACCUGUAGCAUCAAGAGACUAAACGUUUAAAUUCUUCAGUUCGCGAUUAUAUAUAAUUAGGUGAAGAAAGAGUAGAUUUUUAUUGAUUUUUUUGUUACUUAACUAUUAUUAUCUGGAAAGACUACUAGGCCUCUACAUUGACACACAAGAAUUGUUUUAUAGACUAACUGUCUGGUAAGAGAAUUUUUUCACCGUUUUGAGUAGUGAACUUGAGCUAGAUUGACGCUUCGAGUGACAGUACUUUGCCCAAGCGAAUUCUUACAUUUACUUUAUAAACUCGGCCAACUCCGACAGAACACUACCGUUUCCUUUAAAGCUUGCAACUCUGUAAUAAUAAUAAUGAUGAUGAUAACAUAAUAAUAAUAAUGAUAAUGAUAAUUAAUAAUGAUAAUAAUAAUAAUAAUAAUAAUAAUAAUUUUAAUUCAAUUUAUAUUUGAUGUCAUAGCAAAAGAUAAGAAGGCUUCAAUACCCGGAUUGCCAUCAGGAAUACCGGGUGUUUCUAUUCCAGCGCCGGCGGGAAAUGCAAGCACCAUCCGUGAGUAAACAUUCAGUUUAGAAUUAAAACUAUUUCAGGAUCUUUCAGGUCCACCCCUGAAAAUAACUGAUAAAUUUUUUAAGACCUUUUUUCCAUAAAUGAAUCAAUUUUCAAAACUCGUACUUGAGGGCUGAAGAAUUUCCUUCCCUCCUACUCAAUUGUCAGACACUGUUUCCAAAGAUAAUAUUUUUUUGUCAUGAGGGAUAUUGUUCAUCAUGGUUAAUGUGCAUAAUGGAUUUCGUUUGUUUGACAAUUCUCACUUAGAUGUUGAUCUUAUUGGCUUCCACAAAUAAAGACUAAAGCUAAGGGAAAAUGUUUGUAGCGUAAACGACCCUGAAGGUAUUCGCGCCUUACAAUUGUCUACUAUCGUUAAUGAAGAGAGGAAGAAGAAUUGUUCUUGAGGACAAUAGAUAAUAGCAAAAUGUUCAUCUGCUGCUUUUCGUUCUUCAGCUGUUAUCACUGGAAACAACUCCGUGGUACAUGCCGCUACAGUCGGAGCGUACGCAGGUGCCCAGGCAGGUGCCCACAGUGGGGCUAAAGCGGGAGCUAAGACCGGAGCAAAGGCUGGAGCUGAGGCUGGUGCCAAAGCUGGCGAGGAAGCGGGAAUAAAAGCUGGUGAAGAAGCUGGAAAACGAAUUGCUCAUGUCAUCGCCUUAGAAACACUUCAGAAAAUACUUAUGGCGCAGAUGCAGAGUGGUCACGUUUUCAACAUCUUCGGGCAACACCCCACUGAGAAGCCAGCAGGGGCAGCAGCCGCGGCCGGGGCUGCAGCCGGGGCAGCGACAGGUGCUGGGACUGGAGGCGGAGGUGGUACCGCUGGGACAGCUGGUACUGCUGGAACAGCGGGCACAGCAGGUACCGCAGGUGGUGGCGGAGCAGCGACUGGGACAGCUGCAGCUGGCGCAGAGGCUGGAGGAGAAGCAGGAGGUGGAGGUGGGGCUGCUGCUGGUGCUGGUGCUGGAGGCGAAGCGGGAGCCGAGGCAGGAGCCGCAGCCGGAGCCGGAGCCGUAGCCGGAGCCGGAGGGGCAGCGGGCGUAACUUCUGGUGUGCCUAUAGUGGGUGGUGUCAUGGGUGGAGGUGGCACAGCUGCUGCUGGAGCUGCGGCUGCUGCAGCUGCAACCGCUGGUGCUGCUGCUGGUGCUGGUGCUGGUGCUGGUGCUGGGGCUAUGGGUGGAGCUGGUAGUAUAGCUGGAACAGGGGCACAAUCUGGAGGAGCGGCUGGACUGAUAACUUCAAUAACCGCCGCUGCGAUUGCUAAAGCUAACGCCGCGGCUGCUGCAGCAGUUAACAGCAAUGGAGCGGCAACUGCAUGUGAGUUGAAAUUUGCUUUGUUUCUUUUACUUAAAUACUUAACCCUUUGCCUAUAACAAAGAAACCUAAGAUUAAACAUUUGCAGUUGUGUGUUUAAUCUGCUUGUUUCAAAACCUUUCAAACAGAAUGCGGUUUGAAGAAAAGUCGACGAUUGAGAGCGAGGAGGAAGAAUCUCUUAAGAGAAGGAAGAAGUUCCCUUUGAUAUGUUUAAGAAGAAUCCUUACAUCUUCUUCAAAGAACUCAUAAAUAAUUCAUACUCAGAAGACCUUAGUGAAAGUGUUACGCGAUUAGCUCUAGGUUGAACCCAAGAGAAAGACUAUAAGUCAGAAUAUAGACUUUAUUAUGCAGUAGUAAGUAGGGUCAAAUGUAAAAUUUAACACCACCUAUUACAGGUUUAAUGGAAACGUCCACUGUUAUAACGAAUUGCCCUUGAAAUUGCCCUAAAGAAAAUCAAAAUCACGUACUUGGGCAAGCGAAAAGGGGUUUAUUAAGGUGAAAAAAAAGUGGUUUUGAAAGUUGUUUUUUUUCACUUACAAAGUUCAGCGGGCAAUCAUUUUAAUACUUAUAACGUUUUACGUUUGUCACAAGUGUCAAGAAUCAACAUUUUUUGUAUGGAGCAAUGGCAGCAACCAAAAAUCGUCAUAUAACUGUCCGAAAGGGUAGCGCGCUGGAAAACUAUAUGCCUGUUGGUUAAUCGAUACUCUUAUCCAAUUUCUCAGUAAUACAUUAUAUUCCUAACAGAGCGCUGCGCGCUUAAGGUAAGCACGCGAAGCAUCAGAGGAAAGAAAAUGUGGCUUUCUUUCGGACAAAUAUUUGCUAUCAAGUAUGAAAAGUAACCUUCCGACCUCCUCUACGUCCGCCACAACAUGUACCUUCCUAGCAAUGAAAAUGAAACAUAUGCUGUCUUUUUUAUGGAGUUUUUAUACGGUGCUUUUGAGUGCUAUACCGUAAAAGAUCCAACCCGUGACCUGAUGCCACAACCCUUCAAGAGACGGUGUAUACUAAAAAAUUAAGACACAGGUUGGACAUUCAAGAUAUUACACAAGAAAGCAUUGCAUAACUAAUUAUCUCAUGCCACCGCUCAAAAUGACGAAUAAUAAAAAAAUGAAAAAGUCAUUUUAAAUAUUUAGACAUACAAAAUGAAGAUAAUUCAGUGAACAAAAUUUCUAUGAAUAGAAAAUUAAGCUUUUUGCAUUACCUUUGCUUUUUAGUUUUUUUGUUUUGUUUCGUCUCUAAAACACCCCCAUGCUUUGAAAAUUCAUAAAUUAUGGAGAAUUUGUACUGUUGUUGACUCAAAAUGGCUUGUCAUAGUUUGUUUUUAAUGUUCUCUAAUAAAUUCUGGAAAUACUGUCUCCGUUGCAGUCUGUUCAAUUUCGUUUUCAGUAUUUCGAUUACGACUUCUAAGAACUGAAAUUGGGAUCAAGGGCGUGUCUUAGGUUAUGUUUACAAAGUCGUCCCUGUAAGUGUGCCUUGAAUGAAAAUGUCAACCUGUCGCAAUCAACUUGGUAGAAAGUGAUAUACGCCAUCCAUAUCAUGACAGCUGUCAAAAUUGGGUAACUGAUGACUCUUCUCACACGAUGGAAUCGCGGAAUAUGUCCACUGCCCAUCGAAGUCUUGUAUCUUUGAGGUUGUCCACUUUUCCGCUACAGAUUUAUAGCUGGAUCGAAGGCCCUUUUUGACAGCGAUAUUCCGUUUAUUUAUUUGCUUAGUUUCAAAGAUUCCAAGUUAACGGAAACGUUUAAACGGGUGUGCUGCUUUUGGGCUUUUUUAAAGACCAAUUUAAAAGUCAAGGCGACAUAAACUCGUUAUGACAGUGAAGGUUACUUUUACCACAGGAAUCUUAACAGUAUUACACUGUACUGCUUGCUAAAUUCCAGGAUCUUACCUUAUAAAAUGCACCACUCCUUCAUUUGUAUGCCUUUGAAGAUAUCUUUGUCAGGUUUGAAAAUGUUAAGUGACUCCCCGCGAUGACACUUGAUAGACUAUCAUAUGGUCUGCCAGGUGUGCCGGCAGGUCUGCGAUGUUCAGACCAAUAACGAAGAAAAACUAAAAUUAAUUUAACAUUUUCUUUAUAUUCAGUCUUUCAUGGAGCUCUUUAUAUGAUGUAUUCAGUAAACCAUCCUACCAUAGGAGAUUACCAGAACAACGCCUGUUUUUACGUCAAGGGUGAAGACCUGAUGUUGGGUCCAACUUGCCAGUACUUCAUUGCACAUGUUCCUGGGUUUAGUCGGGAUCGUAACACCAUCUCCCUUGAAUCCUAUUGCAAACGAGGCUACUUCCUACGACAAAAGAGAUAUGGUUUCAUACUGGCAGCGACGCAUGCAAGCCUAAAUUUUGGCAAGUGUAGUUCUUGGAUACAGGCAAUAACAUAGAUUUUUUUUAUUUCAAUACACUAGCCAUUUUGCCCUUGGAUAAAACGCUUUUACACACGGGGAAACAACUUUUAGUGUGUGACCGAUUUUCCCAUGCAUAUGGUGAAUUUGCCCCUGGCAAGAGAGAAUGAGCUAGGAGAGCGAGUCCCUGUGCCCCAUGAUAAUUAUAUGAAAUCUAUAGGUUCACGCGCUUGCGACGAAGGUUAUAUUUGUCUGAUGUUCCCGUAGCCUCCCACGCAGGCGUUUUCAGGGGAGUUCAUUUUUCAUCCCUCCUUUUUAGGGAGGGGUGAAAGACGAGCUCCCCUACAAACGCUUGUGUGGGAGGCUAAUGUUUCCGUGACCCAGGCUAUCUACUUUUACGUGAACGCAACAUGUUUCGCCGCCAAGCCUUUGAAGUUUGACAGCAAUUGCAACAAUUAUCGCACUAAAGGUUUAAGUUGUUGACAGGUGCUUUAUCAGCGCGUUCCACUCAUUAUUUAGGAAUAAAUUUCAUUAAGUUGGAUAGCAGUAUUGGAGUCAAAGAGAUUAAAGAUUGAGAUUUAAAAGAUUGAAAUUUGCUAACUGCAGGUAGCCUCAUUUAAAGUAUCGAAUAUUGAAUACUGACACAUCGUGAGAACAAAGGCAAAAAUUGUCACCGGCGAAAUACGAAACCUUAAAUAGCGGCUGGCUUCAGUUGUUUAUGCAAAUGUGCAAGAUAUUUUUUUCUCUAUCUCCAGGAAUAUUUCUCGUUCAGAUACAGCACACUUGCUUUUAUGAUGCUUUUAAGAAUUCUUCUUGAGAGUUUUAAACUGCAUUACUUCUUCUCAGCGUCCAAUACUUUCUAUGAAUAUUUCGCUGUGCGAGCACAAAUCAGGUCAGAUGCCUGAAGCUGUUAAACAGUCGCUAACCUGGACGCCAGAGACGCGGUUUCCGAUUCCGGUCAAUGCUUUAUAGUAAGCGGUGCGCCUACAUUACUCUUGAACAUUUGGCUAACGCCCUCUCAAAAUUCAAAUGUUUAGCUGCCAAACAUGACGUGUUUGAACCCACAUAGAAUCUAUUUUCAUUUUACCUGACCAAGUUUGGAUCCUAAACGACGGUAUCACAGCUCGCGGGUUUACGUGGAUUUCGCCAGGAGAGACAAUGGUCAUUUAAAAUUAUAGUGUGGCUUACUCGAGGUUGUUGGUUGUUUAUAUACUGAUGUAGCGAAGACCCCAAUGAGAAGUUGUCGUCGAGUCGGAACAACUUUCUCCGGCGACUCUCGCACGCUAGGACCGUUUUGCUCAUCGGCAGCUACUCUGGCAAGAUUUUUCCACGUAGAAUCUUCAACCUCGUCCCCGGGGUGCUUUUCCCUGGCUUUGUAGGCAGGGGGAAGCGCCCUGGGGACGAGGUUGAGAAAUAUUUUGACUCGUCGGCGAAGGUAAUACCAAUGUAAGUUUGCACGUCGUAUCGCUCGCUGUGCGUGGGCGGCAGUGAAAUGAAUUACCCGCCAAAACCCACCCACCCAUUUAAAAUUACAUGACGCCAUUUUAAUGUACCAAUGAGGUGGCGUCCUUAAAAUAUCUAUGCAGUAUGAGACAGAACCAAGAAUAGAUUAUUUUCAUGGGAAGAGGGUCAUGUAUGGGGGAUACGAUCUCGUAGAUCAUUCUCUCUUGCUUAGGGGAAUUCUAUAGAUAAGUCAAAGAGAACAAAAGAAUUCCUUAUGACAGUUCUCGAAGUAAGGGAAUGUUUACAUGGAGGUGGGGGACCCCAGGUAGGUGAGGUAACCCGCUUAGGUGGGGUAACCUGCCGUCCAUAUAAUCUCUCAUUUUAAUGUGAUCACGUUUACAUGUUAGGUGGGUGACCCACCAUAUGGUACCUCAUCUACCUGAGGUCCUCCACCUUAAUGUAAACAGGCCCUAACAUUUAUGAGUUAAUAAGAACCCAAAGCGGUUCAACCAAUCACCAGAAAGUGAAAUGUAGCAAAAAGUAGAAUCACGGGUUGUGUUGAUCUUGGCGCUGUGUCUUACGUGCAACUGGUAGGAAUAGAAAAGAUCGAAGAGAGCGCCAGAAUUUUGGACGCUACUGUGAUUUUUUUCUCAUUUUAUUAAUUCAAAAGCACCUUGAGACACUAGGAAGUUUCUUUGCAUCAGUGGUUAAAAAUCAGAGAAUAUUGUUUCUGUAAGCAAUCGUUGGAACCAAUUCUGGGGACCCGCACUUUAAGUGGCGGGCGACAAUUUGUCUUUUUUAAAGCGGGAAAUGACGUCGAUGUUUUCUAUGUUGUCUCAGAAUAAGGUCCUGAAUCGCUGUUGCUAAGCAAAAAAGUUUAACAGGUCAAAACUUUUUACUGUUUGCGUCAAUUUUCAAUGUUUACAAGGUUUGAGUUUUUCUUCCCCUUGUGCAACUUUGUUAGCGUGCAGCCGCAAACAUAAGAAAGAUCAAAACAAAGAGCGAGCAAAACCCAAGUUAUUCCCCAAGCAGAGCUUUCGGGAAAAGGGUCUUGUGUCGACUGUACCUAUCGUAAGGCAGGGCUAAAGCUACGUGCAAACCGGGCCAACAAUGUUGGGACCUGCAGUGCACGUGGGAAGGAUACAACCCAUUCGCUACUUCAAUAUUUCCCGUAAUGCACGUUAUAACCUUUUUUUUUCAUUUCUCGUGGAUCAACUGUAAUCAUUGCUUGGUUUGGUCGGUUUGGUUUGCAAUUUCUCAGCUUAGUCCUACGAGAGCAAGUUUCUUACUGACCCGACCUGUUCGGUAAAGAUGGCUGUAUAUUGACCAAUAUCCAUAUAUCUUAACCUCAUUUAGUUGAGCACCAAGGCGCCAUGGUACCCAGUUUGUCAAAGUUGCAGGCUGGCCUUACUCGUGUAGUACUGCUAUUAUACUGCCCGCGUAAAUCAGUUAUUUCUACACAUCCUUGAAACGACUUUAAGUAAGUGACGUAAUUUCCACAUAUUAUACGAUUCCGCAGCUAAAGACGCUACGUUUUACAUUGGACACCGAGUGGAACACAAAGGAACAUUUUCCUUCGGGCUUAUUCAUCAAGGCUGGUACAUCACAGAGUCGAAUCAAGUUGGUUCUUCUUGGAAGACAGUGGCUGCUUUCGACAACAAAACAAGUGAAUUUGCCAUUGAAAGUUCUUUUGUUGUUGUACCCUACACAAUGGAUGAUCCACUCAAAAACUGUGAUACUAUAGGCCCACAAGAGCCGGAGGGACCUGAAGGACCAACGCCUGGUAAACCACCCCCUGGACCACCCAGUAUACCUGGAGAACCACCACCGCCCACCGUGCAACCUUCACCGCCCGUUCCUCCCACCUUGCUACCAGGAAGUAAUCAUUAUAUUUUGCCUAAACUUUUUACUUUAUUAAUCAAUUUUGAAUUAAUUAAACUCUAAUGGUAUUCUGUUGCAAAUACCUGCACUCUCUUAUGGCCUAAUGAACUAUUGUGGCUAGCUAAAAAAAGACGACCAGUCGUAAUAACCGCUAAAUACUUCAUUAAUAUAUAUUACCUGACCAAAGUGAUGCAGAAUGGAUACUACUAGAGAGUAAAUACCAAUUAUUGAGUUCUAUAGAAUUUUAGAACACAAGUUUUGUAGUAAUCUAAAGAAUCGGAAUUUACCAUUCUUAAUUUUGAGCAAAGUUAAAAAGGAAGCGAAAUCUGAUGAAUCUUCUUUCCUGAAGAAAGUUGAAGAGCCUGCUUUUAUUUAAAGGAAGACAAAAACAAACAAACAAACAAACCAUAAAAUGUGUCACCAAACAAGGUUGGUUUUUUUUGGGGGGGGAGGGGGGAGUUGAGCUUUCUGAACAAGCCAUGGACAGGGUGUGAACGUUGUGAGCACGUGGACUUCAAGUGUAUGUGGUACAAACAAUUUGUUGUUAAAAAAGAAAAUUCUUUAUGUCAUCUUUUUUUCUAUAAAAUUACUUCAUUCUACUAUCUUUAAGAGGGUAACUAUUUGGUAUUAAACAGGAUUUGGGUUAAAAAAAGAAAACACCUCGGCGGCACACUUCUACCCAAACUUUCCCCAACCCCGGGAGAAAGGGGCGCACUAUAUAAGGGAAUCGGGAUUCCAGAAUCGGUAAAAUUUUUGCUUGUAGAAUCUAGAAUCCGAGAACAUAUUUAUGCGGGAUCCGGAAUCUUGGGCUUUGAAUCUGGAAUACAACUCAAGGAAUCCGGAAUCCCGCUAACGAUUGAAAUCUAGAACCCAAGUUCCACUAACAAAGACUGGAAUCCAGUACUUGGAAUCCAGAAUCCACUGCGUGGAGUCCAGAAUCCAAUACUGUCUUGGAUUGCCUCUCAAGGGAAAAUAUAGCUCUGCUCUUAAUCUGUGACGUUAUCCAAAGCGAAGGCUACCACCUUGGAUUUCACAAACUUUAAAUUCAUAAUUAGGCUAGUUACCUGUCAGUUCGGUAAAUGCUCUUAUUAGUAAAAAUCGUUUUUGCUUUAAAAUGGCUCUAACUCAUGCCACUUACGACGUCACACUUACAAACCAAGGAACCUACUAUGUGCAGAAUGAGAGUCGAUUUAAAAGAAAGAAUGUGGGAAUGGAUCCCAUGUACGCCGAAGGCUAACAUAGUAAGAAAUCUAUCCAGAAACUUAAACACAAUCCGGAUCAUGCCUACUAAUUAAGUAAAUGCGACUUUGGAAAUUAAUCAGAGAGUAGCUUGAAUUUACAAAGUCUUUCUACAAGCUUAAUUUAACCAACUUUUUCUCCCCAGGUAAAUGUAUUGCGCUUCGUUUCAAGAACAUGGUUGGCCAUAGAUUUCACAUAUCUUCACCAAUAAAAGUUGAGGGCUGGGAUGUCUCGGGAAAUGAGCUGAGAAUACGAUUAACUUUCAAAGACCCUCAGUUUCACAGUUUUAUCACUUUCAGUGGGGAGGAUCCCUACGGAUACCUUAUUCACCUCGAUGGUGACAAAACAAUCUCCGUUAUGCCCAGAAAUAACUGUGAUCACUACAUAGAAGUCAUAGUAACAGCAGGUAAGGAUCAAGUUUUUGUGCCAGUCAAAACGAUUUCAGUUUGCAAGUGGCGCAGCCGUUUUGAAUUUCGACCAAAAAUUAGUGUCUACACUUGUGCAAGGUUAUAUAGUAAUUUAAUCUGGAGUCCCGCUUACGUGGAAAAACCGGGCUGUUCUGGGUAGACUAGUCACCCACCCACCAGAACUGCCACGGGUGAGCCAACUUUUCAUGCACGCACCACCCAUUUUUAAAGGGAAAAGCCCUGGGGACGAGGUUGGCAUUUCCUUACAAAGCGUGGAUAAGUGCUUACAUAAGAAACAAAAAGUUAAAAAGGCUAAAAGGGCAACCCGCCUAGCUUGGAUGGUAGAGUCACUCUCCUAGCCGGGCUAACUUUUUUUUCCAAAUAAACACUUUGGACAAGUUUGGCCCGCCCAGCCAGGUCAACUCGGUCAAAGCGAGAAAAUCAGAGCAUCAUGUUGGCUCGGGCAAAGGUGUAAUUUUUUUUCUCAUAUAAAAGCUCGCUAAAGUUGACUCGGCUGCAGGGGUUACCCUUCUACCCAGGGCGGGUGGAUCAUUACAGUCGACUCUCUCUUAACGAAGACCACUAUAAAACGGACACCUCUGUAAAACGGACACUUAGAGUUGGUCUCUGCCUUUCUUUACUCCCUUUAUUUGACUCUCUAUAAGACGGACACUUGGUGCCGGUCCCAAAGGUGUCCGUCUUAGAGAGAAUUGACUGUAUACGUUUCUGGGAGUCUGCCCACCUACCCCUCUCCUAGCCAACAUUUUGCCUUAAGUGCGAAGUAAAUGUUAAUGUCGGCUUAGGGGAGGGGUAGGUGGGCAGUUUCCCAGAAACGUCUCAGGUUUUCCCCAUACAAACGGAGCUAAAGGCAAGUCGGAGAGCCGGGAGCUCUAUACAGUCAACUCUCUCUAAGACGGACACCUUUGGGACCCGCACUAAGUGUCCGUCUUAUAGAGGUGUCCGUCUUAUAGAGAGUCAAAUAAAAGGAUUAAAGAAAGGCAGGGACCAACUCUAAGUGUCCGUUUUACAGAGGUGUCCGUCUUGUAGAGGUUUCCGUUAAGAGUGAGUCGACUGUAUCACCUGACUGUAUUUUGCACAAUUGAUCAUCAUAAAGUCGAACAUAAAAUUAAUACUCGGCGUUACAUAACAUCUGCUUGUUCGCUCGCAAACUGGUCAUGAAUUCGUCGGACGGCUGAAAAGCUGUUGCCCUAUUAACACUGUAUUCAUUUUAAACUACUUGAAGGCACAAAAUACAGACAUUGCAGUACGGAAGUGAUGUAAUGCUUCUUGCAUCAAACAUAUACAGCAAUUAAUAACCAGUAACUGAUGGAUUUUCCUCACGUAUAAUAAAGCAGACACUUUUAUAAAAAUGGUCAAAUGGCCCUUCUCCUCUUUAAGUUAUUGUAUGAUGAAAAUUAUUAUUUCUUUUUAUUUUAGUUUAAUUUCAGAGUGUACUCUAACUUAAUAUGUGUUUUUUUCUAUAUGUAGGUAGUGAUUAUGAUUAAUGAUUAAUUUAUUAAUUAUCUUAUUAGUUACUUAUCUAAUUCACAUCAGUCUAAGCCACUUGCAGCAUGCGGGGCUUCUAAAGGCCGCUCUGUAACUUGUUGCUGUGUGCGUAAUGUAUGUAAUUAUAAUUAUUAUUCAUUCUAAAUAUUUCUCCUUUUCUGGCUAAAAUUCCACGCAUAAUUCAUCAUAACCGCCUAUUAUCGACUAAAUUUGGACGAAUUAUGUGAUAUGAGAAAAAUGACGUCAAUCGUGCAGCACAAUUGCCAGUUUAUUGAACAGUUAACCGAGAAGACCUGGGGUGAGGUUGACUUGUUUUGGUAUUGAGUACAAAAUGGAGGAACAUUUCACUCGUUUCACGAGGAGAAAUAUGCGAACUAUUGGCUAAAACCAUAGCAAGAACAGUAGGAAGACAACUUGACGGACAUCUACUAAUUGGAGAACAUAUACAGAACUAAACAACCCUCUAUCUCUUAAACUUGCCGAUAAACAUGCAUUAUCGAACAUAAACUUAACAUCGAUGCGGGUAAGUAUGUUUUAGCUUGUAUUCAAACUGGGAAUUAUUUUGAAUGAAUAAUAAAACAUGCACAAUUAUUGAAUUCUGCUUUCGUAUCAUCUGAAGAAUUAUGGAGAUCGAGGAUGUUAUCCGCCGAGGCCUCCCCUCAUCGACCUCAUAUAAUUUUUCAGAUGAUACUCAGCCUCAUUGGAUAUUUGUUAAGUAUGACUUAAAGUUUUUAUUGUUUUCUCAAAAAUUUCACUUUCUCUACAGAAACUGUAAUAAAAGAACAAUAAUCAGUAUCAUCUAACUUGGCAGCUCGGUACUGCUUUAUAACUAUAAAAAUCCAUCAUUUUUCUCCCCAUUUUUCUUUUCAUUAUUUUUUAGAGCCUCCUCCUCCUCCUACAGUGCAACCUCCAGUUGCCCAGACCACGACAGCACCAGCAGGGGUUCCACCUGUACCACCGGCCAUACCGGCACCGGCGGCACCACCUCCUCCUCCACCACCACCACCGCCUCCACCUCCCCCGGCUCCUCCUCCACCUCCUCCACCUCCUCCGCCUCCUCCGCCUCCUCCUCCACCUCCUCCACCCCCACCACUGCCACCAGGCCUAGCCCCACCAGUACCAGCACCACCACCUCCCGUACCACAGCCUCAAGCACCGCCGCCGGUUCCUGCUAAGCCUCCCGCCGCUGCCCCGCCAGCACCUAGUGUCCCACCACCACAGACGUUACCUCCAGUAACACGUAAGCAAAUCUAAUUCUAAUUCUUUACGAGACUGAAAAUCUAUAACAAAAGGAAUACGCUAGAAAUAAGUGAUAGUUUUUCUGUGAUGGCUAGUGUGGCAGUUAAUAAAAAUGAGCAAAGGUUGUUGUACCGUUUUCUCAGGUGCGAAUCCUAACAAUCCUCCGUAAGCGUCGUUAAGUCUUUCAUAAAGUUUAAUUUUUUUGUUUCGUUAAAUGCAUACAAGCCUGAAACUAUACCACCAGAAAUCAGAGAGUGAUCAACAUCUACGCGUUAAUCAACACUAAGUUAUUAAAUAAGCUUAUAAAGGCAAUAACGGGAUAAAGAAAAUGAUCGAGCAAUUGCCUCACGAAUUCUCUUCACCACGGUAAGGGAAACUGGAUGGAUAAUAUAAUUCUCGCUAGUGUCAGGGUUAAAUUGGCUAAGUCAUAUAUUAUUUCUUACAGCACCCCCUCCACCUGGAGGCACGACAUCACAGGGUAAGAAAUAGUUUUACGAUUAAUAUUUAACUGAGAAUUGCGCUAGCUGGAUUGUGGUAAGAUUGGGAUUGAUUUGGUGAACUCCAUUCACCUCAUGACGCAUUACAGAUUGGCUAAAGACUAACAGAUCAACUAAUCUCAGUUAUGGCACUGCGUGAUUCUGCCUUUCAUUUAAGAGUAAGGGUUUGACGACGAGUAUGAAACAAAGUCGGUGUUGUGUCUCAUUGCAUAAUGGAUAAUGGAGUGUUUUGGUUGAUGAAGCGAUAGCGUCCCCAAAACAGUCUCAUUGUGCAACGCCGCUCCGGUCUUACAUGCCCGGGAGGGGAAUACUUUAGGAAUUUUUGGGUGGGGAUGUGCCGCUGGAAACCCUGGAACCCUUAGCCUAUACCAGAGCAAGUUCAGCUGAAUUUUGUUACCCUAUACUACACUAAAUUCCCCAAAUCCCUCUAUCGCUGAGUUGCGUAAAUUUAAACUUUCCAAUUUAACUUUUCUUUAUAUUUUGGAGGGCCAGUUCCCGGUUUCCCUAGUCUAGACUAAAAUCUUCAACCAAUUGAUCAGUUUCCUGGAAAAUGAUACCCUAUUAUAAACCCAAACUCUCUGAUUUAUAUACUCUAUCCCAGAGUACACUGCUUGAAAACCAUACCCUUCACAGCGGCACAUACCUAUAUAGCCCAUAUUUGGCAGUACCCCCCGGUCGUACAUGCAACCUCAAAAUGACUAAUAACAUAGCGUCUUAAGCUACGGUAAUUGACCACCCCAGAAAUACCAUAGCAUACCAUAAUGAUCUUUGUUUUUCACUCCAAAAUUUUGCAUAAGCAUUGUCUUCAGUUUCUCUUGGGAGCUAAAAUGGCGCCAAGAGAAACUGAUAACAAUGCUUAUGCAAAAUUUGGGUUGACAAACAAAGAGCAUUAUGGUAUGUUAUGGUAUUUUUUGGAGUGGUCAAUACGGGCAACAAAAACAUUUAGCUUGUUUUGCAUCAUUGCUGCAAAACGAGUUAAAACGCAAAGUUGCUCGUUUUACAACAUCUUCGAUUCAAACCUCUCGCAACAAAUCAAGUUGUUCGGAAAGCUGCUUGAUUGCUGGCAUCUGAUUGGACACAAUUACGCGGGAAUCACGCUGUGCACAGGAGGUACGUCACUUGUUAUAGAAAACGUCUGUCUUGGGCCGGUAAACGCACGAUAUGUACAGAUUUUGAUGUAAAAAAAGACUACUCUCUACUUUCUGCAACACUUUUUCGUAAAGUGCAACCUGAUGAUAAGCUGAUUUGCUGCAAGACAGGUUUGAUUCGUGGGUACUAAAACGUGCAACAUCGCUGUUCAACACGUUUUGCAGCAAUUUUGCCAAACAAGUUGCAAGUUUUUGUUGCCUGUUUACGUACCGUCGCUUUAAAUCGACCUGAAUCAUAACAAACUGAAAGAUGUCAUAUUUAUCACGUCAUGGACGCGUCUCUGAGGGUCGCUAUUUUCUAUUUGGACAGUCAAACUAUACUAAUGUAUUUUUUAUCGUUCUCUAGGUGGAAAAGAAAUACACUAUCAUAUUCACUACCAUCCUGACGGUAAGACUAAUAUUUACGAUUGAAUGGAGCGUUUAUACUCACAUGCGCAGCAUCUAGAAACAAAUCGGUUAAUUUACAGUUUCGGGCUUAGUAUCCUAGCCUUUGAGGGAACGGAGGCUGAGGUUGACCCUGGUUGUUUACCAUUUACAAUUAGUUCCCGUAAAUGGGUUGAAGAGUCAAUGGAACAUAACCUUUUGGGUCGUUCGAGCGGAAAAUUUCCAGGAGCAACGGAAUAUCUGAAAAGGUAGUCCUCUUUUUCUGGACGGAAUGUUUCAAAUGGAUUUCGUGUUCCAUUUCUUCAAGGCCACCUUUGAUACCAUUUUCGGGGUUUUCGCUGCCGUUUUUUGAGAAAGGAAAUGAUUGGUACAAAAAAUAAUGGUAAACGCCAUUCCGGGACGAAAUUCACCAGUCCUGGAUUUUGCUUACCAUUUACCCAAACCGUGAACCAACCGGUAUGCCCAUGUAAAUGGGACAGCCCUUCUUUUGGUGCAAACCUCUUUCCUAUUCUUAUGGAAAUUAUGGACGCUUUCCAUUCAACCAAAACUUUCGAAAAAUAUGGAAACAGCGGCAAAAUGGUACAGAAAUUCCCGGAAAAGGUUCAAGAAAUUCCGAGAACUGUUGAAUUUCCGAAACGCGAAGCAUUUAACCAAAAAUUCGAGAAAUUCCAGGAGCAAAGUCGAAUGGAAGGAAAACAUCCGGGAAAAUUGUUUCGAAAAUUGGGGUAUACCUCGCGAGGUUGUCCCCUUUUUGGAAAUUUUGGAAAAUGUUAUUCUAUUCGCUAUUGGAAGUUGCUGAAAAUUCAAAGCGGACGUUUUGGAUGAAUGGAAAGCGCCCUAUGCCUAAAAAAUACUAGUUUGCUGCAAAGAAAAACAUUGUGAUUUACAUAACAAAGAGAGAAAACAAGGUCAACUCCAGUUAUCAAAACAAGGUCAACUCCAGUCUCGUUUCCAUCUGUAACUGUAAAAUGGGCUAUUAAUCAAAACAAAAGCAAGCGGUUACAAAAAAACAACCCAUAAUUAGAGGAUAAAAGAAUCAAACAUUGAUAUAACUUACCGAAGAUACACUUUUUGUAUUACGGAAUAAAUUAAGUGAGGCCUAAUAUACAAGUUUUAGUAUGACUAAGUGGAAUCUCGUGUUGUAGGCACGUGACUUUGUGAGGGGCUUGCGUCACCUACUGUGGUGCUAUGCAUCUAAAAACCGCGUGGGAAGCAAAAAAUUAAUCAAUAUAAGAUUUGUUGGAAACUGACCGGCUCAGCUGCGAAAUAGCUCUUCUGGGAUAUUUUGAUCAAUGCCUAUACAAUGUCGCGAAUCCGAACAGCACGAGACUCUAUGAGGCUUAAAAUUAAUGGUGAUAAUCCAAAAAAACUGAGUUGUUUUAUACAACGAAAUAUUUUCACAAAUGAAGAAACUUGAUUAGUAGAGCUGGAUUUCGCGGUUGCAUCGAGCAGUUUCCACAGAAUGGUUUUGGAGGCAAGGAAUGCAAGGUAAGAUGUUCGUUAACUGUAUGGCAAACCUUAAUUCAAUUUAUUUUUCUUGGAUUUGUAGCUUUAAAGAAGUUCUGCAAUCUCUGAUUCUAUUUAAUUUUUUUGCAGGCCAUAUCGGUAGCAUCUGUCCACUCGUGUGUAACAAAAUUCAGUCACCAUGUCUUCCACCUUGCCCUAUUGCAUGCUGCAAUAAAAGAUUCGAGACAACUUCCAUCGAGUCUGUGAAGCGUUCAAACACAAAGUCAGCAUUGGCACUACCCACUAAGUCUCAAAAGCGUUCAAACAAAAAACUCACAAAGGCAGCGUCGAUACCUUUCACUAAGUCUCAAAAGCACCGAAAGGCAAUACCCGUACCUUCCAUUGACUCUGUGAAGCGUUCACACAUUGAGACAAAGCCAGUAUCCUCCACUAAGACAGAAAAGCUUUCAAAAAUAAAAACAACACUGAUGUCUUUCACUGAGUCCGUGAAAGUUCCAAACAGACAGGUGCUCUCCACUGAGUCUGCAAAGCGUUCGAAUAUAGAGGUAACACCGGUCGAGGACAGAUCAAAGGUCAUUCGGCAGAGCUGCAGUUGCCUCAUGGAUUGUGAUGGAGCCGUAUUGGACGAAGACAACCAAAAAUGCCACGAAAAAUGUAUGUGUCAUCCCGACGAGAACUCCACAACUUUAGAACAAGACAAAAUCUCCGAUCAUGUAGAUUCCAAAAAAAAAAGAAAAGCUUUUCCUCGUCCUCACAUUGGUUCAAAAGAAAUGGAGAAAAUAAAGCAUUUGUUUACAAAAUGGAUAAGGGAAUAUAAUGCCGGUGUCCAGAGAGGAGAGAAAAAUGAGGAACACACUAGCAAAAAUAAACCAUUAAGAGAUCAACGCGUUAGUUUUAUCAGCAAAAUGCUGAAAAACUACCAGUAUUUUCGUCAAAAAGAGAAAACUUUGCGUCUGAUAGAGCAGGAGCAAGAGGACCUAUCUAAUCAGCAGCAACACUUAGAAGAUUUACUAACCAAACAAGAAGAUGUGCUAACAACGAAAGGCAGUAUUCAUGAAAAGGUUGCCACUCCCGGCUUAGCAAAAACUGAGCAGCACCAUCUGCACAAAGAUGAUGUCAAUAUUUCAAUAACCACCUCUAACGCAACCCAAGCUCCUCCCACAACAACGGCUCCGGCAAAUGUGGCUAUCAACCAGCAAACGUUAAGUGAAAUUGAAAACAUCAAAAAGCAGAUAGAAGAGAUUCGACAACAACAAGUCACCCUCUCCCAACAGCAAGUUCAGCUGGCUGACCAGUUAAAGGAGGAACAGGCUAUUUACGAGCAAGCUAAAGCAAUUAUUCAGCUUGUUCUACAACAAACCCUAGGUGCUGCUUCCACCGCUGCUGCAGCUAAUGCUGCUACGAAAGUCCCUGAAACACAGUCAGAUUAUGAGAACAAAUUAUCCCCAGAGGCACCGGAAGCAUCGAACGAGGAAUCAGUUCCGCCCUUGACUUAUUUAGGCCAGUUACAACGGCUGCUCUCGAGGCUCAUGUUCAAAAACGAUGAAAAUUCCCAGGAAGGCAAUGCCAAUGAUGAUGAACAAUACGUGUUUUUCCAAAACUCUCAGGAAGGCCAGUCAAAUCGGAGAAAUGAAAAUUCGGUUUAUGCAAAAGACGCUGAUAUCCCCGUGGAAAUUGAUCGCAGUGACCUAAAUGAUCAAGGGUUACAAAAUUCAUUGCUCAGAAGAGACAGUGCUGAUAGGUCGGUAAGCGAAGAUGAUAAUGAAGGUGCUUUUUUGUUAGAAAAAGGCGACGAUGAGGAAAGUAUUGCGCCAGGUUAUGCGGUGAUGGAAAAGAAGACCCUGCAUCCAAAUGAUCUGAUCACUGACUCAGAGAAAACGACAAAAGAGAUAAAAGACAAACCUAGAGACUUGACACAUAACACGGAAAACCGUGUUUAAGGCAAUGAAGGUGGAAUUUGACUCUUCAAGUAUAUUUCACCACAGUAGCUCCAAUCAAUGACCAGCAAUUGUAGGCCAACUUGGCAUGAAUACCACGCUGUUCACAAUAAUAGACAACGAAUAAAAAUAGCGAUGCCAUAACGACGCAAAGUCAUAAUUGUGAUCGAAUGCCUCUAGUUUCGGGUAUUUUCUGUACGUCCAUGCAUCAAUGAUUCGGAUCACUGAGACAAGGGCAAGUUUUACUGAAUAUGCUAAAGUGCUACUGUCAACUGUCAGGCUGCUGUUAGGUUUUGUUAUUAAAUGAUUAAAAGCCUAAAAUGAACAUUCAUAGUGUAGAUGUAAAUUUCAUACAUCUGCAGAAGUCUGAUGAAAUAGGCGUCUAUGAAAAUUUGUGGCCAGCGGUUCAAUUAUAAUGUUUUUACCUUGGUCUCAAGCCUUAUUGUGGCAUAAUUAAGGUAAGGUCUGGUCCACAACUGCAAAGCAUUGAGGAGCUUAAAAAAAAUAUCCACUUUAAUGUCAAAUUACCAGCCAGGUUCCAGACUUAAGCAGUCGUAAACGCCACAAAAGCAUAAGUGAACAUGAUGCCUGCGGUUGUAUUAGAGGGUUGACGUUGGUCACAAUAAAAAGCAGAUUCCAAUAUCGAAUUAAGGUUAUCAACAAUGGCUCUUGGUAGCUGUGAACCCUUUCAAAGCUUCUCAAUGACGUGCUUAGCUUUACCCUAUUUCGCUACGCAGUUUUUGAAAUCAUCAGAGUACCUUCAAUAAUUUCUUGGCUUUAUUGAAUCGGCUAAAUGGUAAGACCUUUACCUCUGUUAUCCUCUGCCCUCUGUACCCGUCAAAGUGUUGAGCAAAUAUCGUUCUAAAGGAAAGAUAGUAAAAUAAAGACGACAUGAUCAAUACAUUCUGUGUGCAGGUUUUCUUCUUAAGAUGGUGCCAUUUUUUAAUUUAGACCUUAUACUGUAAAACUCACAGAACUGUGAGCACCACAACUAUGUCAGGGUUGCUAUUUUGUUGAGAGAAAAAAGCCAAUUAGGCAUCGGAAAACUAAACCACCAGCAUCUACGGUAAUUAGUGUGUGGUUCGUGGCUUGUUGGUGGUUUCUGAUCUUUGUUUUGAAGAGAAGUCCGGAAACAUCGAUUUUGGAUUCGAGUUCGAGUUAGACCUUCAUUUGGACAGCAAAUUGGACUUAGAGUUAAAGUUCGAGUUUCAUAUUUUUCAUUCAGAUUCACAUGAAUUUUGUACGUCUUUACAUGGGCCACGCCCUCUUAAAAGGACAAUUUCGUCUUACUAAUUCACAAUGGAAAAUGGAAUCAUACAUUGUUAAAACCUAUAUCCCUGCUCUAUAAAUUGCCGCGUUUGAAUUUAAAAAGGCAUUAGAAAGGUGAUUGUAAUAAAAUUCUCUUUUCACUCAAUUUCAAUGGCUCCUUUCAUUUUUUCCAAAUCAAGGUCAAAUUCUAUCUGCUACAUUAUUUUCUAUGGACGACCAUUUUCCAUGUAGGCCAUUUUUCGUGUAGGCCAAAGUCGACCAAAUUGCUUUACCUCCGUUGUAACUGGUCACGACAUAAUAAACAAUCCGGUGCUCAUGGUUUUUUCGAGUUUGACAGUAAAAGUGGUAUUCCCUCUCCAUUUUUUUUUUUUUUUUCAUUUUUUAAGGUUAGGGCCAACAACUUUAUUGGUACCAAACUGUAUUACAAUAUUGAUUAAAAAUAUAUAUAUUAACAAAAUUAAAGGGGACUACAAACUGCUCCCAAUAACCAGGGCCUUAGAAUCCUCGUGGUACACACCUAUUCUGAACGAGAUCUUAGCUCCAUAAACUCGAACGUAACAAUUAUAGUUCAAUGCAAGUUUCUCCUUGCUUUUUAUACGUGUUGUCUCUUAGUGCUGGGAUGUUCCCCAACUCACGGUGGAAACUCUGAAGGAGCCUGUUGUAUGUUCCCCUAUACGUACAAUGGAGAACAGUACAACAGUUGUACUGAUGUUAACAGCAGGAAGCUGUGGUGUUCAACCACGAGAGACUACAACGCCGAUCAAAAAUGGGGAUACUGUCAAAGUGAGUUGUGUUACUUAAUUUCAGUUUAAUUGCUAUAACAGACAUCAGACGCAGCCUUUUACUGGCUACUUGUGUUUCUCUCAGCCAAUAUUGGUGGAAAGGGAAUUGUGAAUGUGGUUUAAGCCCCAUGCAAUAACAUUAGAUUCAGAAAAAAGCCCACUCUGACUUAAGCUUAGGGAUGUCCAGCUGGACAAAACUGGGACUCAAUAAAUUCUGUGUAGACAAAAAAGUAUUACGGUUUUUAAAGUAACUCGGGUGAAGUCUUCCUAGACCUCACCUUGACUUCAAAUAGACACCUACCAAUAAAGUUACAACGUGACUAACACUAGAUCAAAAUCAGCUCACAUUGGCAAAAAAGUAGGCUGCAAACUACAACUUGACCACAACAGCACCAACCAAAGUUCACUAAGUAGGCGGCAAAUGGACAAAACAGUUUAACUAGGCUUAUAUUGAGUGCAAAAAAGGGCUAGAGUUGAACGGCAAAAGCAGUGGUCCAGUAGUAUAACUAGACUCUGGAGUCCAACUGGACCGCAACUGAGUAAAACUGAUCAAACUGGACCCACAAGAGAAGACAAUGCAACAUUUAAAAUCCUUAAAAGUAAAAUAUGAGCUUAAACACGGCUUUGCAGCCAUCUGUAUCAACCUCCCACAUGAACGAACCACCUAUUUCCACUUCCCAGAGUAUCUUCCUGCUUGGGUGUUUAGGUUUUUAGAUGUGCUGUAUUCCUUUACUUGUCUCCAGAUUGUCAUCCGACACACGGUGGAAACUCCGGUGGAUCAUGCUGUCAGUUCCCAUUCACCUACAACAAUAUGAUUUAUCACCAUUGUAUACAUGGAAACCAGGCAAGACCAUGGUGCAGUACCACUUACAACUACGACAAGGACGGACAUUGGGGCUAUUGCAAAUCCAGAGGUUAGUUGAGCUCCAUAUGUUUCAAGUAUUUUAGAACAGAAAGAGUCGUUUGAUACUAGAAAGAGAGACGUGUGACGUUACGAUACCAUGAUGACAAAAUUUCUGGAACUCAACAAUCUUACUUGACAGAGAAGGCCAUUUGCAUUGUCGAAAUGAUGGAAGAAAAGUAUGGACUACCAUUUUGUUCCUGAGUGCAAUCAAGCACAGGAAAGUCAUAAAUAUCAAUUUCUCCCUUUUUUAUUUCCUGCUAUAUUUAAUGGACCGAAGUUUGUGGAGAUCCAGAAAUUUUGCUAGUAUGGCAAAGUAACGAAACGACUUAUCCUCUUUAUUAAGACAGUUAUUCACGUGCCAAGCUUAGAUGAAAACGACAAUAUAGGGUAUUGAGCACUUAACUACAUUUUGAACUGCUGGAGGGAAUAUAAAAUAUUCAUUCGCCCUCUCAUCGACAAUCUGCUUGCCCAAAUGAACCUUUUUAGUUAAGUAAGUUAUAGCAAGAAAAGAAGGCCUGACUGCAAUAAUUUAUCCAAAUGUACCAUUUUUUACAGUUCGAUCUGCACCUCAGUCAAAAAGUCUUCAUUUCCACGUGAACCAGCCCUGUCCCGGCCACUGCGAAUCAAACUGUGAUGACUUCUGCCCUGGUCACUGCUGCACCACUACAAGUUCCUGUCCCACCUACUGUGCGCAUUCCUGCAAACCAACUUGUCCUGAUGAAUGUUGCACCCUCCCUUUGCCUGUCAUUCACAAUGUUAAACCACCACCACCACCCCCUCCUCCUCCACCGCCACCACCACCACCCCCUUCCCCACUUCCACUUCCACCACUCCAACCACCUUCUCCGCCAAUGAUCAUCCAGGCUCCCUACCCAUCUUCCCCUCCACCUUCAUAUAUUGUACCAGCUCCACCACCAAAUUACCCAAUGGCGCUACCACCACCCCCAUCGUGUCCAGCGGUGUGUGGCACUGUAUGCAUGGGGUCUUGCCCAGUUGCCUGUUGCACAAAGCUAAUUCCAGCAACACGAAGGGUGUACAUUUCCCCCACUGGAGCUCCUCCACCUCCAUACUACUCGCAACAGCCCCAGGGCUACUUCCAGCCACAACAACAACCGUGGCCUACCUCUUGUCCUGUCGUAUGCAGGACGAAGUGCAUCGGCUCAUGUCCAAUCCACUGUUGUCAAAGUAGUGUGCUUGACAAUCUAAGACGCUUAGCAAGCGCUCGGGAUCAUCACGUGAAAAAGUCGGAGACACCAUCCACUCCAGGCAGUCAAGGUUAUCAUCAUGGGCCACCCCUUCUUAAAGCUACUGUAACCGCCACUUCCUCGUGUCCAGCCAUCUGCUCCAGACAUUGCACGAAAAUUUGCACGCAAGAAUGCUGUUCCGAGCGGUCCGUGGGAAUCUAA